UGUUAGCUUGCCCUUGUCUGAUACAGUUGAGCCAGGGCCGGGUGCUUUUACCGUCUCUGACAAGUGAUUUUGGCCUUGCCAAUGCAUCAAUCCACAGCUUCGAGGCUGAGGCAAGCACAACAACCUGAAUCUGUCAUUGCAUGGAUUUUUAGGUUCACUGAGGGGCCUCUUCGCCUUACUUCGGCACAGCGCCCCAUGAGAAGCAAACAAACGCAGUUGGCCCCCCUUCUUCGCAAUCCGGACCAACAGUCGAAUCGCAUAUUGUCGUUAUGCGCCAUCCGCAUAGCUUAUCACCAACAACUCGCACAAGCAUGUAGGCUGUAGCGAAACAUACCACAUGAGGUGUAUCUCACCAAUGUUGAGAGGUGAAGUCCUGCGAGAAGGAGGGGUCACCAUCACGGUAGCAAACGUGCAGAUGACCUCCCGCAUAUAUUGAUAAUACUGAAGCCAGAAAUUCUCAUCCCUUGUGUACUUGGCUGGUUUUACAGAGAUGAUCAAUGUGGCGCAACCGUAGUAGAGCAUCCCAACAGAUGAUAAACAGCGCCGAGUCCCUAUUCUGUAUAGCUGUGUUGUCUUCCUUUCAAUUUCUUUCCGCGAGUUCACAACCAAGAUGCCAGAGUCUGAUAGUCACUCUUUCUCGAUCAUUUCCGAGCCAGGUAUUGAAACAACAUACACCCCAACGGACCAGGACACGGAUGAAUUUGAGCUUGUGUUUCACGAUGCUCGUUCUGAAUGCUUGCAACAGGACGAUGAGUCAAGCUGUUGCACUUCAUUGGCAGCCAGCAUAUUCGACUAUGAGCACUCUCACGGCCGACGUUAUCACGCCUAUUUGGCUGGCAGAUAUCCGCUACCCAAUGACGAAGGCGAGCAGUGUCGCGAGCUAGCUGAACAUUUCCUGAUGCAGCAGCUUCUGGGUGGUAAAUUCUUUCUGUCUGAAGUUGACAACGAAGCGGAGAAGAUAAUCGAUCUCGGGACAGGAAAUGGGGCAUGGGUGAUAGACGUGGCCGAUGAGUAUGACAAGACCAGUGUGAUAGGAACCGAUCUAUCACCCAUUCAGCCUAAAUCAAUGCCUCCGAAUACAUCCAUGUUUGUUGAAGACUGCGAGGACCCCUGCUGGGCCAGUGGUAAGGACUUUGAUAUGGUACAUCUCAGGGGAAUGGUCGGAUUUCUUCUCGACUUGGACACAAUGGUUGCUAAUGCCCACGAACAUCUGAAGGAGGGCGGAUGGAUCGAGUUUCAAGAUUACGACUACACAGUUCGCUGCGAUGAUGGUACCAUGCAAACAGAUGAUCCAUUGCGAGUUUUCUUCGACACAUGCGCUCAGGGGAUACGAAAAUACGGCUGUACCAACUUUGGUAAGAAAGACGUUCGGAAAAGUCUCAUAGCCGCUGGCUUCACUCAAGUUCAGGCGGUCAGUGAGAAAGUGCCCAUCUCAUGCUGGUCACAGGACGAAGGAAUGAGAGACUUGGGGAAGUUGAUGGAAGCUAACAUCAUGGAUCUGAUUGGUUCGAUGGCUAUCAAGCCGUUGAAAGCCCUAGGCAUAUCAGAAGAGAAGCGAAAAGAGAUGGUGUCUCAGGCUUAUAAGAGCCUGAUGAAUGAGAAAGCUCACCGAUACAUGAACUGUCGUAUCGUUUAUGGCCAGAAGUAUAGGGAACAAGGCUCCGUGGCGAGUCUUGGUUCUGAUUCGUGAUUUCUCUCGAAUUUUGUGGUUACUGAGGCAGAAAGACCUUCAUGGUCAGCAUUUGAGGAUGGAAGACAAGAUGGAGGUUCAGGAGAUGCCUGGUUCCUGCUGUGUCUUGCCAAAACACCUGUGGUGGCGAUGACAAGAGUUUACCGUGGAAGUAAGCUAGUAAGCACUUCCCUUCCUUCGCUAAGAUACCUUAAACAGUUUAAAUAAUAUAAGAAUGUCAUGGC